AUGACCGACCUGGAUCUGUCUGGAUUCACAGAAGAGGAGCGUUACGAGAUCGAGGCGGAGCUCAAUGACGGCUACGCUGACAUUGAGAAGGAGCAUUCCGUUGACUCGCAGAAGGGCUUCGAGAACGUGCUUGUCGUCGACAACGUCCCUAUCGUCGACGAGGCCAAGAAGGAGAAGCUGAUUCUGCGUCUCUGCCAGCUCUUCCAGAAGGCCGGUGCGCCGAUUGACGAGGACCGUGUCGACAUGCCAUGGGACGACAAGGCCGCCACGUCCAAGGGCUUCAUCUUCCUGUCGUACCCCGACGCUGCGCAGGCCGAGCACGCGCUCUCUGUGAUCGACGGCUCCAAGUUCGGCAAGAGCGUGCUCUACGUCAACCGCUUUGGCGACAUUGAGCGCUAUGCCAACAUGUCGGUCGGCGACGACGAGCUCCCGCCCGGAUGGAAGGAGCGCCCGUACACAGAGAAGGACCACGCCCGUUCGUGGCUCGGUGACGUCCCUGGCCGCGACCAGUACCUCACCUUCCGCGACAACCUCGUCAGCAUGUUCUGGAACGGCCGCAACUUCCAGGAGGAGCCCGUCCAGACCUCUGACGGCAAGAACCUCACCAACCCCCUUUGGGGCCAGUACUACGUCCAGUGGUCGCCUCUUGGCACGUACCUGGCGACGAUCCACCUGCCCGGUGUUGCGCUGUGGUCAGGCCCCAAGCUCGACAACAUGCUGCGUGUGACGCACCCCGAUGUGCGCCUCAUCCAGUUCUCGCCCUGCGAGAACUAUCUCGUCACGUGGUCGCCCGAGCCGCUCAACGUCGCCAACCCCUCGCCCAAGGUCGAGAAGGCUGUGCGCGACACGUUCGGCCCCGAGGACGAGGGCUCUCAGUUUGUCAUCUGGGACGUCAAGACGGCCCGCAUGAUGCGCACCUUUGCCGGCGAGAAGCCUGACGAGAACGGCCCACGUGACCGCAAGUGGCCCGUGUUCAAGUGGUCGCCUGAUGACGCGUACGUCGCGCGCUGCGUCCCCAACGAGGCGAUCCAGAUUUACGAGCUGCCUAGCAUGGGCCUGCUCGACCGCAAGUCGAUCAAGAUUGAGGGCGUCCAGGACUUUGAGUGGUGCCCUAUGGGCGACAAGGACUGGGAGGACCGCAAGGCCAACAGCCAGCCCAAGCGCGAGUGCAUGCUCGCGUACUGGACGCCCGAGGCGCAGAACCAGCCCGCCCGUGUCAACCUCAUGGCCAUCCCUAGCCGUAACGUGCUCCGUUCGAAGAACCUCUUCAACGUCACCGACUGCAAGUUUGCGUUCCAGAACCAGGGUGACUACCUGUGCGUCAAGGUUGACCGCCACGCGCGCAAGGCCAAGAACAAGAAGGCCACCUUCUGCAACCUCGAGCUCUUCCGUCUCCGCGAGAAGGACUACCCCGUUGAGGUCAUCGAGCACAAGGAGUACGUGACGUCGUUUGCGUGGGAGCCGAGUGGACAGCGCUUCGCCAUUGUGUCCACGUCCGACCCCAACUUUGGCCAGAACAUUCCCGGCGUUGUCAUCAAGUACAACGUCUCGUUCUACGAGCCCGACCCGAAGAAGGGCGACUUUACUCCCUUCAAGGUCCUCGAGGGCAAGGUGUGCAACACGCUCAUCUGGUCGCCUCGUGGCCGCAACGUCGUUCUCGCCACCGUCGGCAGCCCCACCAAGUUCGACAUUGAGUUCCUCGACGUCGACUUUACUCUCGACGACACUCCGGGCAAGGUUAUCAAGGACGUUGAGAACCGCGGUGACAACGUCCAGUCGCUCUCAACCGGCGAGCACUACGGCAUCACCGACAUUGCUUGGGACCCCAGUGGACGCUACCUUGCGUCGUGGGCGUCGUCGUGGAACUCGACCCCCGAGCCGGGCUUCAUGCUCUGGGACUUCAAGGGCCAUAACCUCGGCCACCAGGGCCAGGACAAGUUCAAGCAGUUCCUCUGGCGUCCCCGCCCGCCCACCCUCCUCUCCAAGGCGGACCGCCGCAAGAUUCGCAAGGACCUCAAGGAGUUCUCGCGCGUUUUCGAGGAGGAGGACGCUGCCGCCAUCAACGCCGGCACGGCCGAGGUUCUCGCUGCUCGCCAGCGCGCCAUUGCCGAGUGGGACGCUUGGCGUGCGCGCAACAACUCGCGCCUCACUGCCGAGCGCGAGGCCCGCAACAAGACCAUCACCAAGCCCUGGGAGAAGGAGGGUGCGGCCGAGAAGGUCGAGGAGGUGUUCGAGGAGCUCAUCGACGAGACCGAGACCAUGGAGUAG